AUGGCUGUGCGCACAACGUCAUCAAAUCUCAUAAACAGAACAAUGUCAAGCCUCCGCGGUUUUCCAACCUAUAGUGCAUCCAGGUUGAGGCCGUGUUCACUUCUUUCGCAAGAAAAACUCGCCCAAAGUCUUAUCCCGCGCGUUUUUGCAUCAUCAGCAGCAGUCCAAACCGAACCGAGCAAGGACGAUAUCCGCCAACCCAGGCCUCUCCAGGCCCUUCAUCUUAAGCCCUUGAAGAGACAGGCCGAGUUCGGGGUGCCUUCGUGUGAUCUGCAACUGCGCUCCUUCAGCACUCAGCCCCUUGAGUUUUUUGCCGACUUCGCCUUGAGAGCUGCUUAUUAUCUGGGGCUACCAGCUUACGGUCCGGUUCCUUUGCCUCGGCUUGUCGAACGGUGGACGGUACCCAAGAGUCAUUUUAUUUUCAAGAAAGCUCAAGAGAACUUUGAGCGUGUCACGCUGCGUAGGUUGAUUCAGAUCAAGGAUGGGCAUCCCGAGACAGUACAAUUAUGGCUCGCGUACCUGCGAAAGCAUCAGUAUUACGGGGUCGGCUUGAAGGCCAACUUUUGGGAAUUUACUCAAUCUGGCCUUGAUCUUGAGGGCGAGACAGGGGAUGCGCGAAUGCAGCAACUCGAUGCCUCAUGGUCACAUUUAGGUCAGAAAAUCUCUUUGGGGAGCGUCAGCAAAGUGGAAGAGCUGCUUAAUAGCCAACGAGGAAAGCAAGCUGCCGGCUUGCAACGGUCACCGGCGCACUCCUAA